CUCCGAUACACUGGCCGAUGCACGACUAGAUAGCGUCCAGUCCAGCUAAUAACCCGGUGGCAAUUUUCGUUUGUUUUCCUCCCGUUUUUUUCCUUCGGUUUGCUGUUGUUUCCUAUCGUUUUCCAUCAGUUUGGCUUCAUUCAGCGAUUGUGCGCCGCCGAUCUCUCUGGAUACGGUCUUUACCAGACGCUAGCUAAAGAAAAACAAACAGUGGCUGUUCCGUGUAGAGCAACAGACUUUGAUGUCACUAGAGGAAAAUUGUUCGGUAGUUCGGUUCGACGGUAUCGUGAUUUAUCGCAAAACCCGCUCAAUGUUCGCAUCGGAGGAGGAAAGUGUUAUUUUGAAUCUGGCGCGACGCUCUAUACGCCGACCAGUGACCAAAUAUAGCUAGACUUCGCCUCCGCAAAAGCCGAAGGAAAAUGCCCGCACAGCGUUUGAAUCGAAGAGCAUAAAUCAGUCAUUCCCCUAACGGUCGCCCAUCUGUCUCCAGACCAACACAGGGAAAACAUUCCGUAUAAAAUGGCAACGAUUUGUUUCCGGCCACCUCCUCUACCGCCAAACAAAAAAUCGGUUUCUUCGGCCCGUGCGAACGCGAAAAAGGGCCAACAACAGCACUUGAACCAUUCACCUUUGUCGUCCACGUAUUUGAGUUUUCGGGAUCCGUCCGACGAUGUCCUGGUGCCGAUCGAGUCGAUCGAAAUGUCCAGUUUUUCGGUUAAAAAAACGAAGCGGUCCAGACGGGUUUCGCAUACCAAUUCGCUAAAUCGCGGACGCGACUCCAAAACGCUCCUCACCAGAAGUCAUUCGGAGGGCAAUCUGGACAAGGCUGGAGUUGAGGAUGGGGCGCCUCAGCUGUCCAUCAGCCGGUACAUGCGGGUGCUCAGUGGCAGCUGGAAGAAUUUGCUGAAUUUGGGCGGCAUGUCCAGGCCGCCUAAACCAGCGGCCACUGCCAAGAAAGUCGCCCCACCAGCAGUCCCAUACGAGUUUCGGCAUUCGGGCAGCUCAUUUGGAAGCGCUGGAUAUGGAAGCUCCGAAGAUGGAAGUGGGGGAUUUUUGGCACCUACUGAUCCACCAGGUGUACCCAGAGAUGAUCACUCGGAUUAUGGGAGCACAGUUAGUGGCAGUACGGGGAAGUCUCCGGGACCCAUUUUUCCUGCCCCAACAUUCACUUUCCCCGGUCAGCCGCCUCCCGGGGCUGUUCUCACUCACAAAGCUGCCGUUUACUACCACCAUCAGCUCAGCCUUCAAGAAGACCAAGGGAUCGACAUGACCCAGUCGCCUGGAAGGGACAGUCCAGGAUCAUCCAGUGGGAGUGCUGGUUCAGGAUCCAGACACAGUACAGCUUCUUUAGACAGUGGUCGAGCUUCGUACCAUCCACUGAGCACAGCCGGCAGAAGCACGAUAGGCUCCUCGAACAGUCCGCGAUGUUCGCUCAGUUCGUGCUCGAUUGGCUCCGAUCAAGGGCGAAUCGAGCGAAUGAUCCAUCAAGGCAUGCCGGAUCAAGAUAUAAUCCAUUCUUGGCUGUUGGAUCUUCAGUUCGAAGAGUAUUUUCCUCUGUUUGUGUCCGCCGGUUAUGACCUGCCGACCAUCGGCCGGAUGACUCCGGAAGACCUGACUGCGAUCGGCAUCAAAAAGCCCAAUCACCGAAAAAAGCUUAAAGCUGAUAUUGCUCAGUUGAAUUUGCCGGAUAAUCUUCCAGAAUUCGUGCCGGGAUCGCUUGAAGAGUGGCUGAGGAUUCUCAGGCUGGACGAAUAUCUUCCUGCCUUCAUCGAGCAAGGCUAUCAAACGAUUGACGACGUCACCCAGCUGACCUGGGAGGACUUGGAGGAGUUCGGAAUAGUGAAGUUGGGGCAUCAGAAGAAAAUCAUGCUGGCCAUUAAAAGGAUCAAGGAUGUUAAGGCUGGAAAGCGGAUAAGUUCGGAUUCGAAUCGGAUCUACGCGACUCAAGACGUGCUGGUGCACGUUCCCAUGGAUCUUCCCUCCCCGGGUGGAGCUCCUCAGGUCCACAGUACGUUCCGCUCGUUCCAUCAGCCUUGGGAGGUCGACCAGACGAGGCAAAUGUCCACCUCCAUAGGUCCCACUUACUCGCACACCAUGUAUUGCACUGACUUAGUCCCCAUCAAGAUCCGGACUGGUCGAGGCAAAUCCCUCGAAUCCUUAGAGGACCCGACGGAAAGGACACACCAUACGUUCUCGGCGGAAAACACGCAAACUUUCUACUACAAUCAGCCAACCGGAUGGCGGCCCCGGUCCUACGACGAUGGAGAUAUCACUCCGACCAAUGAGAGCGGGCUUCUGUAUGAAGGAGGCGGCACCCUACCGAGGCCCAGAGGCAUCAUCAAGGUCCGGCCAAUCGCCAAGAUCACCGCCAAGGCACGAGAAACAUUCCCCGACUUUGAGAAGCCGCAGUUCAAUCCGGAGAAAUACGGAAAUCCCCAAUACAAAACGCUGCCCAACACCUACAUUCAAUACGGCAGCCCGAUGAUGGGCAAGAAAAUUCCCCCCAAUCCUCCAAAGAGGCGCGACAGCGAAUGCACUGAGGAAACCACCACGGUGGAGAUCCACCAUGUGCAGACGUCCAGUCCGCUGCCGCUUCCGGCCUAUCCAAGCAGCGAUAGUCUGAGUAUAUCGCUGGAGAGCGGAGGAGAUUUGCCACUGCCUCCUCCUCCCGCACCUGGAACUCCUCCAGGUGCGGUUUCCACACAUUGCAAGCUGAAUUCGUCGCAAAGUUGGGGCGCUGAGGAACAGGAACUGAUGAAGACUCUGGCGUUGCAGCACCGGAAUGGAUCUGAUGCUAGUUUUAAGUCGAGUUCCAGCACAGAAUCAGAUUCGCUGCCGUUCGCCAAUGAGAAUGCGGGCACGAUUCGCACCAGAUCGGGUACCGCCAGCCGCCAAAACGAAUUUUCGUCGCCCAAACCGAGACCUUCAGGCCUGCCGGCUCAUCCGUCCCCAACACCCAGUCAGAACAGACAAGCCAAUACUAGUUCGCGUAGUAGGUCUGAACCAGCCGAUGUCCUGAACGAUAUCGGCAACAUGUUGGCCAAUUUAACUGAUGAACUCGAUGCCAUGCUGGAGGAAGAGAAAAGACAGCAAUAGACUGAAGCUGAACAAAGUGGACAAGAGGCGAGAACAAUGGGGGGAAACUCCCGCAGGAUUAGGAUGUAUUGGGUUUGCCAGUUUCAACCUGAGAAAGGUUACUAAGACGAAAGUUCGGCUCAGUCUAAAAAUGUUGCCAUACAUGCGGGAACGUUUGUGUAAAUAGUCUUCUAGUGAGUUUGUUUUGUACAUAUUUAGUCCCUAAGUGCAAAUGCGGUAUUUUGUAUUCACUUAUACAGGAUGUUCUUGGGAACGCGAACACUUUUAUUUAAUGUGUUAUGUAACUCAUUAAUGAAUGAAGGUGUGCCAAUGUUGGGCGCAAUAAUUAUCUUAGAUUUGCAAAAUCAAACUGUUACGGUGUACUUGAGUGCACCGAACUACUCUAAUCAACGGCCCCACCUACACCAGCUGUUUGUAACCGGGAAAAUUAUAUAUGUAUAUAAAUGGAGAAAUGUACCUACCAAUAAGUGAAACCAAUAUGUAGUUUAGACGAGAAAUUUGUACAAAGCCACUUUUUAGUAUACGGAGUUAGGGCAACAGAAUACUAUUUAGAUCAGGAUAGUUAUUGGUGUUUUUAAUACCUUUACACCGCGAAAUGUAACUCUAAUAACUCUUAAAACCUUAGAUAGCCGAUUUUGCCCAACCCAGAACCUGACUAGACCUUCUGAUUGUGCAAACUCGCGACUGAAUUUCAGUUUUAUUCAAUAAAUGUUUUCCAAAAAGACUGGUAGAGAUUGACCCUUUGAAAGGCUCUUUUAAAAGAUCUGGGAUAUUUUCAGCUGUGCCAUACAGGUUUUCUGAUCACAUGACAAAAAAAUAUGCAUUCACGUUCCGAGAUCUUUUCAACAGAACCGAAUAGGAAUAAUAUUUUUGUGUAGCCUAGAUACUCCUUGAUUUUCAUGUAAAAUACGCGUUUUAGUUGAAAAAAAACACCCUUUUUAAGUUAAUCGAAGGUUAACUGACAUGUUGUGCUACUUAAUAUUUUAUAUUUACAUUGAUUAUUGUUAUUUAUACUUGGCAUUUUUCCUAAUUAACUAUACAAUUACAUACUAUAGUUGUUAUUGAGUCGGAAACCGCUUUCGGCUUGGAUUAAUAUGGAUUUCAUUUUAUUUUACUUAUUUGAUUGUUAAAACAUAGAUUAAUAAAGUACAUUGUAAAAAAAAA